CACCAUAUAAGGCAUAUCCUCAAUUUAAUUUUCAAAUAUAAACUGAACGGAUCCAGUCACAAUCCUCUUCGAUCCCCCCUCUUCCACCCUACUGUAUGAUACUCCAUUGUACGAGCUAAGGUCAACUAGGUCCCGGGACUACAGAAAGCUAGAGAACCCGAGGAGAAAUGGAAGAGCAAGAGUACCCACUCCCACUCAUAGCGCAGCACCUCCGAGCCUCAAUAUAUGUUAGCGCCGCGGGGCUUGUCAUGCUUAUUUAUGACCACAUCCUCACCUUUUCCGACGAGGUAGAACUCAUUUGGAGAGCUCGAUGGACCACUCCCAAGGCACUAUUCCUGAUUCUGAGAUACUUCGUCCCUCCAACCCUCAUCAUUCAUAUGCACCAAUUUAGUGGACUCUCAGACGCAGGUGUAAAUAAUACAGUUCGUCUCCAAUCUUGUUCCUUGAUCCUUCUAAAUUCUCACCCACCCCCUCCCGCAGUUCUGCAAAGUAUGGUUCAGUGUCUCUGUUAUUCUUGGUAUCGUUACGAUGGCGAUCGCAAAUUGUGGGUUAUAGCGAAGAUGUCAAGUGAACGGUUGAAAGCUGAACGGCCACUCCAUAGUCCUCGUCAUCCUUCACCUAUGGAACCUUUGGCAACGCAACAAACGCCUUAUUUAUUCGACCUGUCUACUCUACUUGUUAACACAAGUCGCACACCUGGUAUGUGCGGGGGUUGUCAUUCCCAGUCUCGUCAGAGAACUACAAUAUUCUAA